UGGUUGCGAAAUGAAACCGUAUACAUUUUUGGCAGUUACCAUUACGACUUACGUUUCGCUGUGACGUAUUUUAAUGAAUUAAAUAAAGUAAAAGUUUAAGUAAAUCUGUUUAAGCCAGUUGUGUGUCACUAUUUGUAGGUUUAAUCCUUCUCUUUAAAAACCGCGUCGCCCUUCGGUGUAUGUUUUGUCCGAGUAAUUAAAACAAUGAAACGUUUGCUUUUACUUUUACUGUAUAUCAUAAUUAUUAAUGAUUCGGUGAAAAGUGCUGUCAUAUCUGACAAUGGAGACGUUGAUGAACAGGGCCUGUAUAGUAAGUCGGACCAUGUUAUGAUAUUAACACGAAAAAAUUUUGAUAGAAGAGUUUAUGGUCAAAAACAUUCAUUGCUAGUGGAAUUUUAUAACAGUUAUUGUGGUCACUGCAGAGCUUUUGCUCCGAAAUUUAAGAGUUUCGCUGCAGAUAUAGUGUCAUGGAAGAAUGUUAUACAAUUAGCUGUUUUAGAUUGUUCUGUGGAUGAAAAUAAUGAAAUAUGCAGACAAUUUGAAAUAAUGGCUUACCCAUCAUUCAGAUACUUACACGAGAAUUAUGUUAAAGGAAAUGCAAAUGUGGGUGAACGUUUUGAAUCCACAGAUUCAGCUGAAAAGUUAAAAUCACAACUUAUAUCCAAACUACAAUCAGAGCAAAGUAUGGGACGUUUAGCAUUUGCCCCACCACUUGGAAUUGCAUCUUAUGCCACAUACACUUCUGCACUAAGUGAUGUACCAAAUGAUGUGAUCUACACAUUCCUUAUAUUUGAAAAUGCAAACUCUACUGUAGGGUCUGAACUUGCCUUGGAUACAUCUACCUACAAGCAAAUUAGAGUUAAAAGAGUCUUUGAUAAUUGUGAGCUGGCAAACAUAGCAGGUGUUACUCACUUCCCAGGUCUUGUUGCUGUACGAGCUACAUUGGAACCCACUCCAUUAACUCCAAAACUUCCGACGAAAUUAAACUUAUUGAAAGCUAUUAAUACUUUCUUGAGAUCUAAAAACUAUGCAUUCCCUGCAUCGGAAAUUGAUAUGAAGGACAAUAAUUUGUACUCUAAUUCGGAAGAAAAACUGAAACUCUCAAAUUCUGAUGUAGUUUACUAUAGUGACUUGGAAAAAACUCUUAAGACAAUAUUCCACACUGAAAUAACGAGACAUAAGACUUUAAAGGCAGAAGAACUACAAGCUCUUUUAAACUUUUUGGAUAUACUCUUAGUUGCAUUUCCAUUCAAAGGCAACCUCAGAAGUUACACUGAAGAUUUAGCACAAACUCUGCGAACAAAAAGUGUAUGGGGCGGUAGUGAAGUGUAUGAUUUGGUAAAAAGACUAGAAAAUACACAUGCACCAGUAUACAUUACAGAUUUAGAUUAUAUUGGGUGCAAAGGAAGCCAGCCCAAGUACCGAGGGUACACUUGUGGAUUAUGGACAUUAUUUCAUACUCUAACAGUGAAUGCGGCAAACAAACCUGGAGUACAAGGUCCUAAAGUUUUAACAGCUGUUCAUGGCUAUGUGAAACACUUCUUUGGCUGCACUGAAUGUGCUGAACACUUCCAAGCAAUGGCAGCAAGGAAUAGACUUUUUAAUGUAAAAGAAAAUGAUAAAGCAAUACUCUGGUUAUGGAUUUCUCAUAACGAAGUUAAUUUAAGAUUAGCCGGUGAUUUAACUGAAGAUCCAGAACAUCCUAAAAUUCAAUACCCAAGUACAUUAAAAUGUCCUGAAUGCAGGCUUUCAAGAGGAGCUUGGAAUUUACCGGCAGUAUAUGAGUAUUUGCAAAGGGUAUACGGAGCAGACAAUAUACAAGAGGGUCAACGAAUUUCAAAAUCCAGUGCAUUAGCAACGAGCCCAUUCUCUGACUUGGAUAUUGGAAUGUUAAGCCUCCUGUACACGGCGUAAUGAUUACUUCGUUAAAUU